AUGGGGAGGGAGCCAGUGGGGGAUGGAGCGACCGAACCUGACCCGGUAAUGGCAGCUGCCCCCCACCUGCCCGGUAAGGCAGGCUGGGGGAAGCACGGGGGGGCGCCUACCGUCACCGGGUCAGGUUUGCACUACUUCCUCAUUGUGUUUGGCCACGAUGGACAGAAACCUCUGGAGCUGCGGACGGAUGAGGAGAAUGAGUGUGAUGAAUGGGUUGAGGCCAUCCAGCAGGCGAGUUAUUCAGAUAUCAUAAUUGAAAGAGAAGUCCUGAUGCAGAAGUACAUCCACCUUGUGCAAAUUGUGGAGACUGAAAAGGUGGCUGCCAAUCAGCUGCGGACUCAGCUGGAGGACCAGGACACUGAGAUCGAAAGGCUUAAAUCUGAGAUUGUAGCUUUAAACAAAACUAAGGAGCGGAUGCGGCCUUAUCACAUCUACCACGAGAAUGAAGAUCCUGACAUCAAAAAGAUCAAAAAGGUUCAAAGUUUCAUGCGCGGCUGGCUGUGUCGCAGGAAGUGGAAAAUCAUUGUCCAGGACUAUAUUUGUUCUCCUCACGCAGAGAGCAUGAGGAAGAGGAACCAGAUUGUCUUCAAUAUGGUGGAGGCAGAGACAGAGUAUGUCCACCAGCUCUAUAUCCUGGUCAACUGUUUCCUUAGACCUCUGAGAAUGGCUGCCAGCUCAAAGAAACCUCCAAUCAGUCAUGAUGAUGUCAGCAGCAUCUUCCUCAACAGUGAGACCAUCAUGUUCCUACAUGAGAUUUUCCACCAAGGCUUGAAGGCUAGGAUCGCCAACUGGCCAACUCUGGUGUUGGCUGAUCUUUUUGACAUCCUGCUGCCCAUGCUAAACAUAUACCAGGAGUUUGUGCGUAACCAUCAGUACAGCCUGCAAGUUUUAGCCAACUGUAAGCAGAACAGAGACUUCGACAAGCUGCUAAAGCAGUAUGAGUCCAACGCUGCCUGCGAGGGAAGGAUGCUUGAGACCUUUCUCACAUACCCAAUGUUCCAGAUCCCUCGUUACAUCAUAACACUACAUGAGUUGCUGGCCCACACACCUCACGAACAUGUGGAACGUAAGAGUCUUGAAUUUGCCAAGUCUAAAUUAGAGGAACUGUCAAGAGUGAUGCAUGAUGAGGUCAGUGACACAGAAAACAUCCGGAAGAAUCUGGCCAUUGAGAGAAUGAUUGUUGAGGGCUGCGAUAUCCUGCUGGACACCAGCCAGACAUUCGUUAGACAGGGUUCUCUAAUCCAGCUGCCAUCUGUGGAGCGAGGAAAACUAAGCAAGGUCCGUCUGGGCUCUCUGUCAUUAAAGAAAGAGGGAGAGCGGCAGUGUUUUCUCUUCACAAAACACUGCCUUGUUUGCACUCGCAGCUCUGGUGGAAAAUUGCAUCUUCUAAAGCAAGGUGGUGUUUUGUCCCUCAUCGACUGCACACUCAUAGAGGAACCAGAUGCUAAUGAUGACGAAUGUAGAACAGCUGGCCAGGUGUUUGGUCAGCUGGACUUUAAGCUGGUGGUGGAGCCAACAGAUUCGCCUUCAUUUACUGUGGUGCUGCUGGCACCAUCACGGCAGGAGAAGGCUGCAUGGACCAGUGAUAUAAGCCAGUGUAUUGAUAAUAUCCGCUGUAAUGGCUUGAUGACCAGUGUGUUUGAGGAAAACUCAAAAGUCACUGUGCCUCAUAUGAUCAAAUCUGAUGUGCGCCUCCAUAAAGAUGAUGUUGACAUUUGCUUCAGCAAGACGCUCAACUCCUGCAAGGUCCCCCAGAUCCGUUACGCCAGUGUGGAGCGGCUGCUGGAGCGGCUGACCGACCUGCGCUUCCUCUCUAUAGACUUCCUGAACACCUUCCUACACACGUAUCGGAUCUUCACCACGGCAACCGUGGUCAUGGACAAACUGGCUGAUAUCUACAAGAAGCCGUUUUCCUCCAUACCCAUCAGGGCGCAGCGCCACUCAUUUGACCGUCUAUCCAUCUCAUCUAUCUGUCCUGACUACAGUCUGAAGAUCAAGAAGAUAGCCAUGGAUCAGUCCAAAUCCUUGGAGUUGUUUUUUGCCACAAACCAAAAUAACAGAGGCAGUGAGAACAUGAACGACCGAUCUCCUCGUCUCUGCCGCAAGUUCUCAUCUCCUCCUCCAUUGUCUAUCCAGUCCCGAACCUCUUCCCCUGUUCGAACCCGAAAGCUUUCCCUUCACACCCCCCUCACUGGCCGGGUGGGAGGCCUCGACCUUUCAUCUCCUCUGUCCAACUCAAACUUCAACCACAACAGCUCCCAGUCUGCUGCAAAUAGCCCUACUUCUGCACAGACUCCCCAAACGCCGACAUCUCAGACACCUACCCCAACAGCUACCUCUCCUCCCUCCACUUCCUCGUCUCCUCCUCCGAACAACGGCAAGUCGUCACAGGAUCAAGCUCCUCUGACUCCCUCCUCGCCGGACCAGAGCCCUAUCCCAGCAGCUGAUGGAGAGGAGGUUCCUAGGAUUGAUCCUUUCUGUGGAAAACUGAGACGGAGCAUUAGGAGAACUGUGUUGGAAUCUGUGUCGUUGGAGAAAAUCAUCCCAGAGUCUCCGCAGAGCAGCGAAGCAGGAGACAUGUCUCCGUGUCGCUCUCCAUCCACACCACGCCACCUCCGCUACAGACAGUCUGGAGUUCAGUCUGGGGAGAAUUCACGCUGCUCAGUGUCUCCUGCCUCAGCCUUUGCUAUUGCAACUGCAGGAGCAGGACAUGGUACCCCGCCAGUGUUUACUAACUCUGAGAGGACCUGUGAUAAAGAGUUCAUCAUCCGCAGAGCUGCCACCAACAGAGUCCUCAAUGUGCUGCGUCACUGGGUUUCCAAACACUCACAGGACUUUGAGAUGAAUGGGGAGCUGAAGAUGUCAGUGAUUUAUCUCCUCGAGGAAGUGCUAAGAGAUCCAGACCUCCUGCCUCAGGAGAGAAAAGCUACUGCCAACAUUCUAAGUGCCCUUUCUCAAGAUGAGCAGGAAGAUGCCCAGUUGAGGAUAGAGGAUAUUUUACAGAUGGCGGACUGCCCAAAGGCUGAGUGUUUUGAAUCCCUCUCUGCAAUGGAGCUGGCUGAGCAAAUCACCCUGCUGGAUCACAUCGUCUUUAGGAGCAUUCCCUAUGAAGAGUUCCUGGGUCAGGGCUGGAUGAAGGUUGAUAAGAAUGAAAGGACUCCCUACAUUAUGAAAACAAGUCAACACUUUAAUGAUAUGAGUAACCUGGUGGCAUCUCAGAUUAUGAGCCACACUGAUGUUGGCUCGAGAGCCAAUUCUAUUGAAAAGUGGAUUGCUGUGGCAGACAUCUGCCGCUGUCUGAACAACUACAACGGGGUGCUGGAGAUCACAUCUGCACUCAAUCGCAGCGCCAUCUACCGUCUGAAGAAGACUUGGGCUAAAGUCAGCAAACAGACUAAAGCUCUGAUGGAUAAACUGCAGAAGACUGUGUCGUCUGAGGGAAGAUUUAAAAACCUGAGGGAGACACUGAAAAACUGCAACCCUCCAUGUGUGCCAUACCUAGGAAUGUACCUGACAGACUUGGCCUUUAUCGAGGAAGGAACUCCCAAUUUUACUGAGGAGGGUCUUGUUAAUUUCUCCAAAAUGAGGAUGAUAUCACAUAUCAUCCGAGAGAUCAGACAGUUUCAGCAGACACCUUACAGAAUAGAGCAUCAACCUAAGGUCACUCAGUAUCUUAUGGAUAAGACUCUGACCAUGGACGAGGACACGCUCUAUGAUCUCUCACUUAAGAUCGAGCCCAGAUUGCCUGCAUGAAUUAUCUCUGUUUUAAACUUCGAGAAUGUACUGAGGAAGGAUCAAACACCUACCUGAUCCUAAUCCAUCAAGAAAAAUCUGGAAGAAAGUCUUUGGAGCAAUGUGGAAAUGGAUUGGGACAGGACUUGUGGAAAAUUAGUUGUUUUGCACAACAUUGAGGUAGCAUGCGAAGAGAACGGGUUGGUAGGGUGUGUAAGCAAUUGUUUUCAACCAGACCAAGGUUGGAUGCAACCUGUCGGAUGCACAGCAUAUAGGUUUCUUCAGUACAGAGUGUGGGUCACAUUACAUCACUCUUCCUCAGAGAGCCUGAGAGUGCAGAGAAAGGAGUGAAUGAAGAUAACAGAGAUGUAGCAUAACAGGUCGAAAUGCAGAGAGGUUUGAGCUUGUGUCUCUGUGCUCUGGUCAGUGUUAUGUCACGUGUGCAUUUUCAUGGCAUGCCCUAAGUAAACAUGCCCCACCCCCCAAAAAAAUGUUUUUCUGUUAUCACCAUUACUGCAUUAAAUUUGCAUGAUCUCAUCUUAGGAUGUAUCUGUUUGAAUGGCCUUUAACCAGACCACUACUUAGCAUGCUCCAACCACAAGGAAUCUAUUUGGCGAUAUGCAUCCUUGGUGAUCUUAGUAGGACCAAAAAAUAUGCUAAUUUCAAAUGUAUUGUGGAAAGAUGCAUCUAAAUAAAAUGAGUUAAAUUUCAUAAUUGCAUAUCAAAUGAAAUGCUAUUUUUUUACUUCUUACCCAGAUGAAUAAUACAAAAAUUUAGAUUUUUUUUUUUUUUAGUGCCUUCCAUCUAAGAAGGUCAGUUUCUGCAUACUUGACUAAAUGUCUGGUUAAAACACUUUGUAAUUCCCCAAUAUACACUAAAAAAGAUCAAUGAAUUUCAAUUUUAUUUUUAAAAACUACACUCAUCAGAAAAUAGGCCAUGUAUGUUGAAUGGCACUGUAGCAUGUUUGUGCAAAGGAUGCAACAUCGAAACAUGAGCAAACAUCGCCCUCUACUGUUUGAUUGUUGUAAUUAGCCCUGCAAGCCUAAAGCAUUUGCAGCAUCUGUGUGCAAUUGUAAUGUUUUGGCUUUGGUAAACUGUUCGCUGUGUGAAUGUGUGGCUGACUGCAUGUAAGGCAGGAGCAGUUCUCUCUGAGAUGUAGCUUUGCUUGACUGAUAGUGGGAUCAUUGUUUACAGUUUAAUUUAUUUAGUACAUUUGUCUAUAAUUUAUUUCGUAUAAAAUGACAGCUUAGAUAUAGGACUGAUAAGAGAAGUUAUGCUGUGAAUCCUUUUGUUUUGUUUUUCACUUGAUUUUAUUUGAAUUAUACCGUUAUUUAAUUUGUUUUAGUAAUGAUAUUGAAUUGCUGUUUUGCAUCUCAUGAACAUACAAAAAAAAAAAUGUAUUCUUAGUUUGAAACAAUGUAGCAUUUGAAUGAUCAUUCUUAGUUUUUAUAUUAAUAUGAUAAAUAUUGUUGCAUGCAGACAACCAACAGCUGCAUGUUGUGGAUGUCUGACUGGAUAUCUCCCAAAACCUCCAUCAACUGCUUCUCUGUAUGAAAAUAAACUGUGUAGCUGCUGAAAAAAUAAGUA